GAUAAAAGUAAUAUAUAGAAAGAGGCUAGAGUUACUUACUAACUUGUACCUGUGGGAAAUAACAUAUAUCUAGUCUAGUGAAAUAAAUAAGCUGAUUGGAACAACAACAUAUUAAAAAAGUCAAAAGGAUAGCUGGUGUCAACUCCAUAUUUGAAUUUGAUAUAGGAAAAGGAAUUUAGAGAGAGGAAUUAUACAGCAAUAAUGGCUACAGCUUCUUCUGUUUCAUCUCCUUCAAUGGAACGGAUCAUGUCACUUCCACAUUCUUCCAUGAGGUUGCAUCAUUCCAGUGUCUCUUCUCUGCUUCAUCUUUCUCCCCAAGCUGCUCCUUCGUCGUUUUCAUCGUCUUUUAGGCCGCCAUCAGG